AUGGUUUGUGUCUUCUCUGUUCCAUUGAUUCUAGACGAAGUCCCGACGAUAUGGUCUACUGUUGUUUCGUGGUUGAAACCGCCGUACCUGUACGUCAUCAUCAAUGGCAUCAUCAUCACCAUCGCCGCCUCUUCACGGUUUGGCCACAAACUAGAUGACGAGCACACUCAAUCCGAGCCGUUGGUCCCAUCCAGGCCUUUACAAUCAGAUCUCGUCGCCGUGUCGGCUCAACCUGAGUUCGGUGAUGUUGAGGAGAGACAAAUGGUGGUGUAUGAGAGUGAAGAGAAGGUUUUGGAGGUGGUGAAUGGUUCGGAGAUUGUUGCAGAUGAUGAUGAUGAUGAAGAAGAUUUGUUCGUUCUCUCGAGGUCUUCGUGGACUCCUUCGCACCGGAAAAUUCCUCAGGGAUUCAAACGGAACUUCUUUCGCGAGCGACGGAGAAACCUCUGGUUUCUGCUAGAUUUGGUCACCGGAAACCAGUAA